AUGGGCCAAUGGAAGUGCAAAGAAGAGAUGAAAAUCCUUUCGAAUCAGUCGUCGAUGUUGUCGUACGACCUGCUGCAGGGGUUGGAGGUCAGACUCCUAGUCUCCAAUAACUUCUUGGAAAGACUUGCUCACGAUGGAUAUAUAGGCACGGGAGAACGCCAGCUCGAAAACAUUCUGCAGUCCGCCCUCCGUCAGCUUAUCCCCGUCAAGAACUUCCCUCGAUGUCUCAUUCAGAUCACACUUCAAGUGACCGAAACACCCCAGAACGAUUACACGAAUAGCAAGGUCGUCCAAGCUCAGUCGAUCCUUCUCAUGAAGAGUUUGCCUCUCCUGCCAGCUCUGUUCCACAGUGCCGUCUUGGGUCUGUUGUCGGCCGCUGUGCCCUUGAAGACUAUCGCCACGUGCACCACUCUGGCCAUCCUUGAAAAUGGCAACAAGAUCGUCGCCGACCCGUCUCCUCUGGAGGCAGAUCAGGCAACAUCUCUCCACGUUUUGAGUUUCACGUCGCAGGACGAUCUGCUGUUGGCGGAGAGUGAGGGAGCCUUUACCAUGACCGAGUGGGAUAAGGUGGUUGGCACAGGUCAGAAAGUGUGCGGUCAGCAUCGCGAAGCGGAACUUGGCUCAGCCAUAAACGAAGAUGGGCAAGACUCAGUCGACAUGCGACGGUUUAUCCGGACGGUAAUGGAAGCCAGAGCUGCGUAG